CGAAGCAGCGGAUUGUGGUUCCGGAGGCGCCCUGCGGUGUAAGUGGAGCAGAGAGGGGAGAAGCAGUGUGGAGCGCGGCCGACCAGCCCACCCGCUCACCACUACCAUGAAAUCUACAAUGCCUGUGCAACACUCUCACUCCACUCGGCACAUCAUCGUCCUCCUCCUCCUGCUGCUGGCAUUGUGGUUUAAUACAUCAGCUCAUAGCGAAAUAGUAAAUCUUGAUAGUGGAAAUAUUGAUGAAAUCUUAGGCAAUGCAGAUGUUGCACUAGUCAAUUUUUAUGCUGAUUGGUGUAGAUUCAGUCAAAUGUUACACCCCAUCUUUGAAGAGGCUUCCUCGGUCGUGAAAGAAGAAUUUCCAGACUCGAAGCAUGUAGUCUUUGCCAGGGUUGAUUGUGACCAACAUGCCGACAUAGCACAAAGGUACCGAAUUAGUAAAUAUCCAACAUUAAAAUUAUUCAGAAACGGGAUGAUGAUGAAGAGAGAAUACAGAGGUCAAAGAUCAGUGAGUGCACUUGCAGACUUCAUCAAGCAGCAGAAAAAUGAUCCUGUUCAAGAGAUUCUGAAUCUGAGCGAAUUGGAAACAGUUGAUCGCAGCAAGCGAAACAUCAUUGGAUUUUUUGAACAGAGAGAUUCCGACAACUACAGGGUCUUUGAAAAAGUGUCCAAUAUUUUACGGGAUGAUUGCGUCUUUCAGGCUGCAUUUGGGGCUGUUGCAAAACCAGAGAGAUAUAGUGGUGACAAUGUAAUUUACAAGCCACUUGGGGAAAAUAGUCCUGACAUGGUGUAUCUGGGUUCAUUAACAAACUUUGACCUCACAUUUGCGUGGACCCAAGAUAAGUGUGUUCCAUUGGUUAGAGAAAUCACUUUUGAAAAUGGUGAGGAGUUAACCGAAGAGGGCCUGCCAUUUCUUAUAUUGUUCCACUUGAAAGAAGACACUGCAAGCUUAGAAAAAUUUCAGCAUGAAACUGCACGACAGUUGAUCAGUGAGAAAGGUACUAUAAACUUCCUGCAUGCUGACUGUGACAAGUUCCGUCAUCCUCUUCUACAUAUACACAAGACACCAGCAGAUUGCCCAGUUAUCGCUAUUGACAGCUUUCGGCAUAUGUAUCUCUUCCCAAACUUUAAAGACAUAGAUACUCCAGGUGCACUGAAACAAUUCGUAUUAGAUCUGCACUCUGGCAAAUUACACAGGGAGUUCCACCAUGGCCCAGAUCCCACUGAUGAUGCUCCUGGCCAGCCAAGUGAAGUUGCAAGCAGCCCCCCAGAAAGUUCAUUCCAGAAAUUAGCUCCAAGUGAACACAGGUACACCAUCCUCAAGAGAGAGAAAGAUGAAUUAUAGAUGUAUGAAGGAACUGUACAAGACCAGAAAUCAAAGAGCUUUGCCUGAUGAGAGGCAGGAAUACUAAGCCUAUAUUUUCAUAAGUCUGUGUGUACAGUUUUUAUUUUGGAUAAAACAAAAAAAAUUGACAAAUUGUGUUUUUUUUAUUUUUCUUUGCUUCCCUGGCUUGUGAAUAUGUCGAUGUACUGUGGUCAUUCAGUGUAGUGGAUUUUAAUAAAACUGUUAAAUGUAUAACUGUUGAUAAACACUGGUCAUUUGCAGAUCCUAAAUUUUUCUAAUAAAAGGUCAUCUCUUGUACCAGGAUUUGGCAAGAGUAUGCUGGCUGCAUACUGUCCCAUGAAACAAGCCUCAUCACUUCGUAUUAUUUCCACAUGCAUUUUUCUUUAAGUGGAAAGUGUUCAUUUGUUCCUUGCUCUGUGGGAGUGGCUUGGUGUUCAUGUUUCACAUUCCUGUGAGAAUGUGUUGAUCUCUUAAUUUUGAGGAAACAAAAAUAAAAUAAGUGGCCUACCAAGGUUGGUGAAUAGAUUUUGUUCAAGCUAUGAUCAUACAAUUUGCAUUCCAAAUAGUUUUUAAAUGAUAAAUAUUUUAAUAAAGCACUUAAAAUAUACAAAUAUUAACAUUUAAUGAUUGUACAUUUGUUAUCAGUAUAUACAGCUGAUCUUCUGUCAUUAAAAAUGAAUAAUCAUUAGAUUUUGGUGGAGACAAAUCCUACAGUUUACAAAUUGUAUAUAAAAUUGUUUCUCUUUUAAGCCUUUUUCCAAGGUUUAGCUUAAAAGAGCUAAGUUUGCGCAAUUUAACUAGAUUUUUUUCCAGCUUGAGUCUUCAGCUCUGGGCAGCUGGAAGAAAGUGCGAGUUCCUGGUCCAACGUCUGCUGCUGUUUCUUCAGUAACAGCCUCCCACCUGUGAAGCCCAGUAUCCCUCCACUGACUGCAGCUGCGACCCCCACAAUUUUGAAGCCUGCCAACAGGCCAAUAGGCCCUCCCAUCGCACCACCAAUGAGAGCACCUGCCACCGGCAACAUUGCAAGUUUAUAUUUAGCGGCCUGAAAAAUCAAUGAAAAAUAGGUUUAACAAAGACACAAACUAGAUUGUAAGUUACUGUGUGAUUUCUUGCUGUCUUAAGAGCUGGUGCCAAUCCAUCAGUGUAAAGUCUUUCUUUACUGCAGCUGUUCUCUGGAUGAUUACUAUGUACAGAGCAGUGCUAGUUGGUUUCACUGCAUGGGACCAUCACAAUACAGAUUGAUUUUUUUUUUUGCCAU